AUGACGAGGAGUUUCCCCCGAGACAAGAAAACGCUGCGGCCCUUUCGCUGCCCGGCUCCCUCGGCCUUCAGUCGCAGUUUCCGAUAGGGCGCUUCUUGCUGUGGGACGCCGCUGAGCAAAGGCCUAAUCGCUCCGCUCCGAUUUGUGAGUAAGUGAGCCGUAGGGAGGCUCGGAAGUAUGGAUCCAUCCCAAAUGAAGCUCUCCAAUGCUAUCCUUGGUCGUGGGGACUAUGACUCUGAUUUCAGUGAUGAUGAAACCAGCAAGAAAUCUGACAGGGAAAGAAAUAGAAAUGAAGAGGUGUUACUUUCAAAGCCCUUCCAGAAAGAGAAACAGAGCAAGGUGGCCCACAGACAGGUAGCGGCAGAGGAAUGGGACAGGGAAGAAGCAAGAAAUAGAAGAUUUCAUUUAAUAGCAAUGGAUGCUUAUGCAAGGCAUAAGAAACUGGUGAAUGACUACAUUUUGUUCUAUGGUGGUAAGAAAGAAGACUUCAAACGUUCAGGAGCAAAUGACAAGACUGACCUUGAUAUUGUAAGGGAAAACCACAGGUUCUUGUGGAGUGACGAAGAUGAAGUGGAUAUGACCUGGGAGAAGAGACUUAGCAAGAAAUACUAUGAUAAGUUAUUCAAAGAAUACUGUAUAGCAGAUCUGACAAAAUACAAAGAGAACAAGUUCGGGUUUAGAUGGAGACAUGAAAAAGAGGUUGUAUCAGGAAAAGGACAGUUUUUCUGUGGCAAUAAACACUGUGAUGAAAAGGAAGGCUUGAAGAGCUGGGAGGUGAAUUUUGGUUAUGUUGAGCAUGGAGAAAAGAAAAAUGCACUUGUUAAAUUGAGGCUCUGUCCAGAAUGCUCUUACAAAUUAAACUUUCACCACAGGAGAAAAGAAGUCAAACCAAAGAAAAAGAGAGCAAGCUCUGAACAAAGCUCUGAAGUGCUAAGAAGUAAGAAGUCGAGAUUAUCUUCACCACAAAAACACAAGUCAAAGAAAAAGAAGAAAUAUAAAGAUCAAGAAUUGUUAGAAGAAUCAGAUGAUUCCGAUAAAGGUUCAAGCAAUAGUGAUGACCAAGAUGGUCCCUCAGAUGCUGACUAUUGGAAGGGUCCUGCACAAGAGACAGAAGAAAAAACACGGGAGGAAGAAUUUGAUGAGUACUUUCAAGACUUGUUUCUCUGAAAUACAGUGUGGAGAUCUCAAAUUAGUUGCUUCAUGCUUCCUUAGAAUCCACAAAUGAACUUCAAAUGAGAUGAGCCUCAUUUUUUUCUUUCGGUGCGGUUUUAGUUUUAUAGUUGAUAGAAAUUAUUCAGCAAAUCUUUCCUUGGACUUUUGGCACAGGAGUAAUUUUGCAUUAAUGUGGUCUUGGCAGGUUUUUUAAAAAAAUAUUUACAUUCAAAAACUAAUAUGACAUUAUGUUAAUACUUUUUGCAGGCAUCAUCAUUCUAAGAUGAAGAUUAAUAGGUGUGUAGAAGUUGCUGGAUGUUAUUUAAAAAAGACCACCAUGUGUACUGAGAAAUGAUAAUAAUUGAGUUUAGCCCAAUUACAUGAACUGCUCUGGAAGGGAGCUGGGGGGAAAGCCAGAGGGGGGGAGACUUGCAUACAGAGCAUUUUUUGUAGCAGGAACUCCUUUGCAUAUUAGGGCACACACCCCUGUUGCAGCCAAUCCUCCAAGAGCUUACAGGGCUCUUAUUACAUGGCCUAAUGUAAACUCCAGGAGGAUUGGCUACAUCAGGGUGUGUGUGGCCUAAUAUGCAAAGGAGUUCCUGAUUAAAAAAAAAAAGCCCAGCUUGCAUAAGAUGUGAAUCAUUCCUCCUCUGGCUCCCAGCUCCUUUGCUGGCACAGAAGCCAUCAUGUCACAGCUGGCAUUUGAUGUAAGAAGCAGGUCUAGACUGAUAAUAGCUCCUUGAAUAGAUUCCCAUGACCUGUCUGAGUGACCUCAGAUUUCAAGGACAGGUGCAGCUGUGUUUCCAGGACCAAAUGACCCUAAAUACCUUUUCUUGGAAGUAUAUUUUAAUGGCAUACAAAUGUGCUCUAUACUACAGCCCUACCAAUCCAAUGUAUUUAUUCAAAUGACUGGAAGUAAACUGAUUAAAAUGUCCAUUGGAAUCUGUUGGGAUUAGUCUAAAUAAUUAUAUUUAGUCUAGCUGAGCAUUACGUUGUUAUUUAUGUUUACAAUUAAACCCUUUGAAAUAUAAA